ACCAGUUGAAACAAUAAUAAAUAGCAUUCAUUCACCAAUAAUUUCAGUUCUAAAUCAUCUUUCAGUCAUUGAUAUUGUUCAAAAACAAAUUGAAAAUGUAUUCAAAAGCCUUUUUCGUCGCCUUAUUUUGUAUCGGUUUGGUCAACUGUAUCAGUCACAUUGAAGAUGUUGAUUUCCUCAACGACGCUGUUGGAAGAUACAGUCCUGUUUUGGUCAAAGACUUGCUCAUGGAUCGAGUCAAUCACAAGAUGGAACAAAUCAAAGUUAUUUCCAAUUCGACAAUCGGUAUCAACCAGAAACAGAUCGACCUCUGUAAUGUUGUUCAUGAAGGUUUCGCUAUCCUCUUGUCUGAUCUUGAAUUGAUGGAGGAUAGUCAAGUGAUAGGUGACGAUACUUACGACAACACAAUGAAAGGUUUCAUAUCGGAAUUUGCUUCAUUGACUGAAACAUUUAACCGUGAGUUUGAAUUCUUGAAGUUACCCGAUUUGACCAAAGACACUCCAGACGCUUUACUAGAAAUCAAAGUUAUCGAUUCUCCUUCUUUCAACAUUGUUAAAUCCAAGUUGUCUGCAUCUCUAAAAAUGUACCAAAGUGAUGUCAAGAAAUACGAUUCGACUGAAAAAAAGGAGAAAAUAAGAAUUUUAGCUCAGACUACAGUUCGUAAUCUUGAAGAUAUUACCAGCAAAGCAACUGCAUUAACAGAAUCAGUCUUUAAUUACAGAGUAGUUUUGCACGAUAUUUUGGUUGAAUUUAAACAAACUGUUGACAUGUUUUAUAGACAAUUUCUGGCUAUUUUGUGAUUAUUGUGUUUGGGUCAUAACAAAUUGAUCAUUCCAUGAUUAAAACUCAAGAUAUUAAAUAGCAAUAAAAUAUUACUUUAUUCAUUCACAGCAA